UUAAGUGGGCGUUCCCAAAUCAUCGAUGUUGUUGAUGGUGAAGAAGAUUGUCUUCAUCGCGUAGACCUCCCGAUGUUUCUCCCCACUUUACAGGACGACAUGCAUACUUUUAAACCAAGUCGAGACAGGCUCUACACCACAAGAUGUUGUGGGUGUUGCCAUGUGAGGACGGGAACAAUCAUUCUUGGGACAUGGUACAUGGUGGUGAACCUGUUAAUGGGCAUCCUUCUAACAGUGGCAGUGACCCACCCGGAGAAAGUGCCCACAGUGGACCUGCAGUAUGAGGUCAUCGAGCAUUACUUUGCCUCGGACAGGGUGUCAGAGAAUGCCUGUGUUGGAUUUGCCAUCUCUCUUCUGAUGCUCACCAUCAGUUCCAUGAUGGUGUAUGGAGCCAUUACCCAUCGUGAUGGCUGGCUCAUCCCUUUCUUCUGCUAUCAGCUGUUUGACUUUGUCCUGAGCUGCCUGGUGGCUGUCAGCUCGCUCACAUACCUGCCCCGCAUUAAGGAUUACCUGGACCAGCUGCCGGAUUUCCCCUACAAGGACAACCUCCUGUCCCUAGACUCCAGCUGUCUCCUGCUCUUUGUUCUAGUCUUCUUCGCUUUCCUCAUCAUCCUGAAAGCUUACCUGAUCAACUGCGUGUGGAACUGCUACAAGUAUAUUAACAACAGGAACAUGCCAGAGAUCGCCGUAUACCCUGCUUUUGAGGCCCCCCCUCAGUACAUCCUGCCCACCUAUGAGAUGGCCAUGAAGAUGCCAGACAAGGAGCCUCCCCCUCCCUACAUGCCUGCUUGAGCACCCCGACACACACACACACACACCACCUUCUCCACUUAGUGCCCUCCCUCACCCCACUUAUCACACCCACCAUCUACUGUGUAUGUGGCCAACAACUUGUUUUGACCCUGCCAAUGCUGUUCUAGAGAAAAGGGUAGUUGACCCCCCCUUCCGUUAUUCAAUCCUAACCUCACAGUCUUGUUGAUAUCUGAGAGGGGCAGAAGAUGAGUAUAGAGUAUAAAAAAACAAGCUGUUUUAUAUUUUCUCCCAUGUCUUAGUAAAAGAAAAAAAGGGGGGGGGGGGGGGUAUUGUGAAAGUACCAUCACUCGAAUGCUUAUUGUCAAUCAGUAGAAAUGCCAAGUUCUCAGAUUGAUAUGAGUGAAACAUAUGAAAAGAAAACUAGACAAUCCACUUAUGAUAACUGUUGAAUCAUGCGUUAAUUAUAUGUUAAGAUUCUAGGUUUAAACAAGUUUGAUGGGGAAGCUUGUAGCACUUUUUCCUUCUCUAUCAUUAUUUAGGCCCAUUAUGCCCUUUAUGUCUUUAUGCCCAUUAUGCCCAUUAUGCCCAUUAUGCCCUUUAUGUCUUUAUGUCUUUAUGUCUUUAUGCCCAUUAUGCCCAUUAUGCCCAUUAUGCCCAUUAUGCCCUUUAUGCCUUUAUGUCUUUAUGUCUUUAUGCCUUUAUGUCUUUAUGUCUUUAUGUCUUUAUGUCUUUAUGCCUUUAUGUCUUUAUGUCUUUAUGUCUUUAUGCCUUUAUGUCUUUAUGUCCCAUCAGUCCACCCACUUGUGUGCCAUGUUCCUAUUCUCUCUUUUGUGAUCCUGUGUUGUGUAGCUAAACUAAUGAGUAGUGUUUCAGCAUUGAGGCCUUACACUGCUGGCUAAGAAGAUAAAUGUCACUGAAGUUGCUUCCCAGGAACCUGAAGGGGAGUGUUGUGAACAUUAGUGGAUGCAUGCAACUCUUUCUUCCUUUCUUUACUUUUCAUGUGUUUUGAUCUUUGUGGACAACAAAUGGCUUUAAUAAACAUUUGUACCCAU